UACGUUCGAGGGGAAUAUCGCAAAUAAAACAUUCUCCCACUCGAUGCGUUUUCGCGAUUAACAAGUUGGCAAGGUUAGAAACAAUGGGACCUGUUACUUACACCUAACCGACCGAGUGGAGUGUGGGAACGACUCGGUGAUAUUACGUUUAAGUGUAGGACGACUCAUCGGGAAUAAACUGUACACGUAGUCCGUGACAAAGCGAACGGACGGUUGGCUGACUACAAAAUCAUACCGCGAAAGAACCGAGUGCAUGUCACUUGCACCAGUCACCCACGAGAAAGGGACGGAACAAGUGUCGAGGAAAUAUGGCGGCGCAUUGGAACGUGCCACAGUGAUGCAGCGUACGCGUAGCGAAAUUCUCUACUUCGACUGACCAAAGAGACAGUGGCCUCGCUCGUUAAACAUCCGUCUGGCCAAAUGACAUGGGAAUUUGUAAUCGAAGGCACUUUCUGCUGACAAUAUGCAUCUUACAACUUAUCACUACUGUAGAGCGCCAAGUUUUCGAUUUUCUGGGCUUUAUGUGGGCCCCGAUACUGGUCAACUUUUUCAACAUUAUAUUUGUGAUCCUAGGGUUUUUUGGGGCCUUUCAAUAUAGACCUAAAUAUAUCAUAUCGUACUGUGUAUGGAACACACUGUGGUUGGGAUGGAACAUUUUUAUGAUAUGCUUUUACCUCAAUGUGGGUAUAUUGGACAAAAAUAGUGAUAUUUUAAACCUUGGUACUGGUAGCUUUUCAUGGUGGCAUGUCAAUGGACCAGGCUGUAAAGCUAUCUAUGAUGUUACCGAGCCAGAAUUGUUCAGACCAGCAAGACCUGCGAAUGUAACAGACUGUGUUCUGGACUAUGAAGUAGUUGAAAUUUUACAUGCAUCUACACAAUGCAUCUUAGGUUUUAUUGCAAUUGUGGGUGGUAUUUGUCUAAGUAAAGUUUUUCUGGAGGAAGAUGAUAGUUUUGACUUUGUGGGAGGUGAUGACUUUGGGUUGGCAGGCCACACGCCGUUGCAUCCUAUGUACGUUAGCUACUCGGCUCUUCCAUCACCUGCCCACCCUCAAAAAAAUUCCGCUCAAAAUUACCCCGCAGGCACAGCUAGCUCUCAUCAGUCCGUUUGUCACGAUAACAACAGCUUCUCAAAGAAUACUGACAAAUUGUUCAAUAGCUCGGUACGAAGUAAGAACAGUUUCAAAAACGACACGAUAAGAACGAAUCGAAGCAACCAGUCGAAUCGCGAUCUGAAGCAGGUUGAUUAUCCGAACGAUUAUUCGAAUCCUCUGGACCAUUUGCAAAGACCGGUAUCCCCGUACGACGAGUACGAUUCGUUGGACAGUGCUGCUAAAUUGAGAUAUCAAAAGAGCAAAAUGUAUUAUCCUCAGUCGUCGUCAUCGUCUAGGUACAGUCCGGUCGCAUCGCCGCGGAUCAAAUCACGGCCUGGUGCUAAGCAAAGCAAAGCCUCGAACAAGCCCAGAGUGUUCACCGAUCAUGUCCGCGAACAACCGUUGAGAUCGUUUUAUUCUGAUCCCAGAUUGGCAAACGAGAAUCAACAGAACACGAACGAACAAGAGAUACAGAACAGGGCUAAACGUGACAGUAGACCUCUAUCCUUGUACGCCAUGCAAGCUAAACGGAAGAAAAAGCAGCCGAGGCCAUUGUACAGCAUCGAGUACUCGCAACCCGAGCCACCAGCCGUCCACGACGAGAGCGUGUCGCCGAAACCGAUGACACCCCGAAGAGUGAAGCGAAGAUCAGUGAUAUCGAGGGAUGGAACGAGAAGAUCGAGUCGCAGGAGCUCGGUCAGACAGUCCCGAAGAAAGAACCCAGUAAAUCGUAUAAUGGACCAGCAGGAGAGCUUAUAUGCCAAUACGACGCCUAGCAAUCUGACCAAUCAGAACGUGAAUUCUCUGUCGCAAGGUACGUUGAACUACGACAGGAUCUCCAUGACCUGGGACAGGGACAGGAACUCGAACUGGCAGCCAGAGGCUGUCAACAUGGCAGUGUCCUCUCCAACGAUAUGGAACCAGGAUUCCUCGAAUAAUUACUCCAACACGAGUAAUUACACCAAUCAAAAUUACCCCAACUGGGAUGCUACUAGUUCAACCAGGAAUCUCACUGAUAAUUGGCAAGCAAACGAGCUGAGCCCAAUGCAAUGGCAAGGGCAGAGCAAUCCUACAUUCCAACAGACCAGCACUCAGAGUUUGAAUGGAGAAGACCUCGAUGAGAUUUAUAAUAAUCGACCGGCCAGCGCUAGAUCCAGUUACAGCAAUUAUCACGGAGUUAGGGCUACUCCCCAGGUGCCCAAUAGAACUGACAUCGUUAGACAGAGUCAGAGACAGUUUGUCCUGAGCGGACCGCCGGCUUAUCAGGAUACAGUGAUCUGAGGGACUGUUGGAUGUGGAAUUUUGAUAAUGUUUCAUGGUCCUCGGUCAGGACCUGUUCCGGAAGGAAGAUUUUAUCGAUCUUCAUCAGCACUGCAAUUAGUUACGUAAGGGUUAAAUAACGCACUGAUUCUAGAAUAUCUAAUUCUUAACUUUAGAUGUUGAGAAAUCUUCCUUCUGGAUUGUAAACAGAAGUCUCAAAUAGUGUUGUUGGUACAACAACUGAUAUGUUACUAUAUUCCUACAGUGUACUUGUACCUUUAAGCCAUCAGUAAGUGAGAUAGAAAGCUCUUCUUUCUAAUUGCUUCGCUGAUUUUCAAGCUUUACUCGACGACAGUGGAUCUUUUUGUUCCCUGUUGAAUCUCGUUAUGUACUCUCUAAGGUUGAAGCCCCGAGGGGAUGCGUUUUAAUCCUCUGCAGUCUAAAUUUGUUUCCUCCAAUUUCCCGAUGGUGUUAUACAUUAAAAAUACAAAGUAAAAAUUCAGUCUUUGUAAUUAAAUAAACGGUGGACUGCAGAGGAUUAAUAGUAUUUAAAAUAUCUCGCUACUUUUACAAACUUUGCCUUCUUAUCUCAGGAUUUAACGUCUCGGAUUUUCUCUUUUUUCCCCCAAGAAAAAAAUUUGAUACGAUACUAAUUAGAUAUCCGCAAUUAACUUUAUUACUUCAUAUUUAGGCCGAGUUAUUUCACGAUAUUUUAUACGAGAAAUAUGAAAUUUCAUACGGAGAAGAUUAUUUUUUAAUUUUUUUCCUCGUUGCAAGUGAACAAUUGCAAUGGCCACAUUAUCAUCGUCAUUCAAACUUUUACUCAUCUGUAAAUAUCCUGCCCACGGUCAUUGUUUCAAAUCAUGUUCACUGUACAAAACAAGACAAUCAUCCUUAUUUAUACCCACGAGCCUUAAAACAACGACGAAGCCUUAUGGGAAACUUUUACAACAAUUAUUUUCGAAAGGUUUUAACGAAAUGUUAAACGACUGAUAGUCUUCCAUGAGUCAAGAAAAAUGUAUCAAAAUAGUGUGAAUCAUAUUAUGCGAAUGAAUUCGUGCGAGUAUCCUAUUGAAGAAAAGAUGCACGAGAUGUGCAAUAAGAGUUUCCCCCCAAUCAAAGAGCGAUUAACAAGUAUCUUUUUCAUAUGGAAAAUCAAAAUAGAUUACGUUGAUGAUUGUAUGGUGUGCGAAAUGGAAACCAAAGUAUUAAAACAUCGAUGUAGGUUAACGAUAAUACUUGUAAUAUUCUUAUGUAAUUGUAAAACUGCCUCAAUUUUUCUUUCGACUAUCGUACAACGUAGGGUUAAAUUAAAUUAAGCGCACGAUUUAGUGAUUUAAGUACUUAAUGAGUUUCUUCACAAUUCACGAUAGGUAUUGUUUUAUAAUCGUAAUCGUCCAUAAUUUUCAAGAAAAAUUAGUGAUACAGUUAUUUAUAAUUAUAAGUACAUUAGCGUUUAAUUAACUGGCAGCUACCUUUUAAUUACAAUUCAACAAUUAGCGUAAGACUUAUUGUCACAAGUUUGUACUUAUUUGUUUUGCGCUCAGGAUUCGAUAUUAUUUUAUUAGUUACACGAUAGUUAAUCGUUAAGCGACGGUGAAUUGUUCAACGUUUUAUUGUUGUUCAUACUGUACAAUCUUUAUCAGGAAGCAAUAAGUGCGAGACAAUAAACGUCGAAUGUUCAAAACUCUA